CCCAUCAAAUCUCAAUCUCGAUCUCUCUCUCUCUCUCUCACUCUUCCUCUCUCAAGUCAUCCCUUCAAUCCCUAAACCAUGACGGAGAAGGAGAUCUUCGUGAGGAUCACGAGAUCGGCGGCGAAAAGAAAAGCGAUGGCCACGGAGGAAGAAAGGGUCAGCAAGAAGAGAGUGGUUCUCGGUGAGCUUCCGAAUGUGUCCAACGUCUCCGCCUUGUCCAAUCUCAAUCGGAAAAGAGAGAUUCCGAAACCCAGAAAGAGUAUUGGUGCUCCGGCGAAGCAGAGAAAGUCAGCUCCGGUGGCUUUAGCUGCCGUAGAUUCUGACAUCGAUUCUCGAUCUGAUGAUCCCAAGAUGUGUGGACCUUAUGUCACCGACAUCUACGAGUAUCUUCGUGAAAUGGAGGUGAAGCCAAAGCAAAGACCUUUACCUGAUUAUAUCGAAAAGGUUCAGAAAGAUGUAACACCAAGCAUGAGAGGUGUUUUGGUGGAUUGGUUAGUGGAAGUUGCUGAAGAGUACAAACUCGUGUCUGAGACACUCUACCUCACUAUCUCUUACAUCGAUCGGUUCUUGUCCUUGAAGACUGUCAACAAGCAGAGGCUUCAGCUCGUGGGAGUAUCUGCGAUGCUUAUUGCUUCGAAGUAUGAAGAGAUUAGUCCUCCUAAAGUGGAAGAUUUCUGUUACAUCACUGAUAAUACGUUUACGAAACAAGAUGUGGUGAAGAUGGAAGCAGAUAUACUUCUUGCCCUUCAGUUUGAAUUGGGAAGGCCUACAAUCAAUAGUUUUAUAAGACGAUUCACAAGAGUUGCACAAGAAGAUUUCAAUGUGCCACACUUGCAGCUAGAGCCUCUCUCGUUCUAUUUAUCAGAAUUGAGUAUAUUAGAUUACAAAGCUGUGAAGUUUGUGCCAUCUAUAUUGUCUGCUUCUGCUGUCUUUCUAGCUCGAUUCAUCAUUCGUCCAAAACAACAUCCUUGGAAUCAGAUGUUAGAAGAAUACACUAAGUACAAAGCAGCUGAUCUACAAGAGUGUGUUGGAAUCAUACAUGACUUGUAUCUGAGCAGAAGAGGAGGUUCUUUACAAGCUGUUAGAGAAAAAUACAAGCACCACAAGUUCCAGUGUGUUGCGACCAUGCCUGUAUCACCAGAGCUUCCGGUUACCUUUUGGGAGGAUGUUACCAUUUGAUCUGAGCCAGUGUUUCGCAGAUGUUGCUGAGCUAGAUUUCAUAAAAACCAUCUCAAUACUGACUCUCGGGUCAUAUAGUAUAGUUGAAGAUGGUGUAGUAAGAACUCUUGAAGUGAAGGCAACUAGUAAGAAGCAAGAACUCUUGAAGUUAAGGCAGCUAGUAAGAAGCAAGAACUCUUGAAGUGAUGUGUGAUUUAAAUAUCAUUUUGUAUACAAAAAUUAGUAUGUUACACUCGAAAUAAUGCAAUACAAUUACGCAAUAAUGAUCUA